AUUCAAAGCAAGAACUUUAUCAACCAAGCUAGCUAUAUCCCUAACCCUCUUUUAAAUUUUUGAGACAGGUUCUCAUGAAGUUGGAGAUGGACUCGUUUCCAAUUUGCCAUUCCAAGUAGCUGGAAUUAUACGCACAUGCCACCACACCCAGCCAUCCUGUGUUUUUUGAACCAAAAUUGUGGACUCAAUAUUUGUCUUCAUUAAAUGUCACAUUAUUAGAUAUGACUCAACCUCCUUCACUCCAUUGUGUCACCUAAAGUGUCACCCUCCUCCCAUUCCCCACAUAUAGUUACAGCUUUGAUCAUCGAAGUACUUUUGGUUCUAUUAUAGACUCUUUCAAGCCAAGGAAAGAGCCCUGUGGUGCUCCACUGGAGACAUUCCUCAGAGAGAGAGGGUGUGUCUGGCAGCUACUCCAGGAAACAUGGCCAAGUUUGCCCUGAAUCAGAACCUGCCUGACCUGGGAGCCCCUUGUCUGUUCCCUGGGCCCACUGGGGGUGCCCGCAGCCCGAGCUCGCCCUACUCUGUGGAGACCCCCUAUGGCUUCCACUUGGACCUGGACUUCCUCAAGUACGUGGAGGAGCUGGAGCGCGGCCCCACCAGCCGCCGAACCCUGGGACCCCAGCUCACGCGCCGUCCUCGAGCGCCCCGGUCCGGCCUCGCGGGAGCGCGAAGUCCAGGUGCCUGGACAUCCAGCGAGUCCCUGGCCAGUGAUGACGGUGGAGCUUCGGGCGCACUCUCCCCCCGGGCGCCCCUGGGGCUCCAGUUGCCGCAGCUUUCGCCGCGCUCACUCGUGCGCAACCCGCGCGUCGAGCACACGCUGCUGGAGACGAGCCGGCGGCUGGAGUUGGCACAGGCGUCCGAGCGCGCUCUCAGCCCCUCCCGCGCGAUCCCCCUUAGCCCGCGCGGGUCAGGCCGUAGCAGCCCCGCCCCCAGCCCUGCCCACAAACCCGCCCCCUCCUCACCCGGCCCAGCGCAACUGCAGCUGGUGCGCGAGCAGAUGGCCGCGGCGCUGCGGCGCCUGCGCGAGCUUGAGGAUCAGGCGCGAGCGCUGCCGGAGCUGCAGGAGCAGGUGCGCGCGCUGCGCGCCGAGAAAGCGCGUCUUCUGGCGGGGCGCGCGCGAUCCGAACCUGAUAGGGAGGUCGAGGCGCGCCCGGACAAGCUCGCCCAGCUGCGGCGGCUCACGGAGCGCCUGGCCACCUCCGAGCGCGGCGUCCGCCCUAAAGCCAGCCCCCGGGCUGACGGCCCCGACGGUUUGGCUGCGAGGCACAGCGAGGGCGCGCUCCAGCUCUCUGACUGGCCCUCCGGGACUCCCGAUGGAGCACCCCAGACCCGGGAAGCGGGCACCGAGGCCGUGCCUGAGAUCGAAGAGGCGGGUGCCCAGGCAGUUCCGGAGACCCGGGAGGUCGGCGUAGAGGCCGCUCCCAAGACCGUUGAGGCGGACGCGUGGGUGACCGAUGAGCUGCUGGGGCUCCCUGAGGUCGCUGAGCGCGAGCUGGAGCUGCUACGCGCCAGCCUGGAGCACCAGCGCGGGGUGAGCGAGCUUUUGCGCGGCCGGCUGCAGGAGCUGGAGAAUGCCCGCGAGGCUGCUGCUAUCGGCGGCACGUCUCAGCCACGCGAGGCUGCCACCCAAACUCUGUGGGAUUGUGCUGAGAAGGCUAUACAGACGGAGCCCCCCGCGGAGGCCACCUCCCUGACUCUGGAGAACCCGCCCGGACCCACCGUUGGAGACCAGGCCGUGGCCCCCGCGGGUAUCCUUAAAUCCAUCAUGAAGAAGAGAGACGGUACACCUGGCGCUCAACCCAGCCCCGGACCCAAGAGCCUCCAAUUCGUUGGCGUCCUCAACGGAGAGUACGAGAGCUCCUCCAGCGAGGAUGCCAGCGACAGCGCCAGCGACAGCGAAGAGGGAGCCACGGAGCCUCCGAGGAAUAGCUCUUCGGGUUCCGGGGAGGACAGCAGCGGAGGAUCCGACUCUGGCACCCCUGGUCCUCCCAGCGGCGGGGACUUCCUGGACCCAGAGCCUGAGACAGAGGCAGUACCUCAGCCAGGAACACAGGGGAGGUGCGAGCUGAGCCCCCGUUUAAGAGAGGCGUGCGCUGCGCUGCACCGGCAGCUGGGCCGACCUCGCGGAAUUGCCCGUGAUGGCAAUGCAGCGCGCCUUGUGGCCCAGGAGUGGUUUCGAGUGUCCAGUCAGCGGCGCUCUCAGGCUGAGACCGUAGCUGGGGUGUUACAAGGGGUAGGGCACCUGGGAAGCGACCUACUGGCACAUGUGGUAAACCUGGCGGAUGGUAAUGGGAACACCGCGCUGCACUACAGUGUGUCCCAUGGGAACCUGGCCAUCUCGAGCCUGCUGCUGGAUACGGGGGUCUGUGAGGUCAACCGCCAGAACCGAGCUGGCUAUUCUGCACUCAUGUUGGCUGCACUCACCUCUGUGGGACCGGAGGACAUGGCAGUGGUCCAGAGACUCUUCAGAAUGGGUGAUGUAAAUGCCAAAGCCAGCCAGACAGGACAGACAGCCCUCAUGCUGGCCAUCAGUCAUAGCCGCCAAGACAUGGUGGCAGCCCUGCUGGAGUGUGGGGCUGAUGUGAAUGCACAGGAUGCAGAUGGGGCCACAGCACUGAUGUGUGCCAGCGAGUAUGGACGACUAGACACUGUUCGGUUGCUGCUGGCCCAGCCAGGCUGUGACCCUGCCAUCCUUGACAAUGAGGGCACCAGUGCCCUGGCCAUCGCCCUGGAGGCCGAGCAGGAUGAGGUGGCUGCUCUGCUGCACACCCACCUGAGCUCCAACCAGCCUGGUUUCCAGAGCCAGCUGCCUCCAGACUCUCAGACAGCUACACCUGGAGGAGAAGGCAAUGACAAUGAAGGGGAAUCCCAGCCUCAGUGAGCUGCCCAGCACAUGACCUGGAUGGUGGGGAAGAGGGAGAUCAUUCCUUUCCCCACCUUGCCUCUGGAUCAGAACAGGGCCAGGGUCCUCAGUACAGAUUCCUGCCCUAGUGUGACAGAAAAGCUGCUUCAGCUGGGAUGGUGCAGCAUUAGGAAGGCCUUAUGCUGAACCUACCAAGGUGAGGUGGGAUCUGGGGAGUUAUACCUCCUGGUCCACCCACACUCCCCCCAACUUUUUCCAAAUAAAACACUUCUACUAAACUUGUGUUUUGCCCCCAGGAGUGUGUGCGUGGGGGGCUGGGACACAUAUGCAUAGUUCCUCUUUUUCUUUUUUGUUUUAAUAGUAGAUGGACACAAUACCUUUAUUUUUAUGGGGUGCUGAGGAUCCAACCCAGUGCCUUACAUGUGCAAGGUGUGUGCUCUACCACUGAGCCACAACCCCAGCCCAGCAUGGUUCUUGGGAAAAACCACACCCCCUUAAAUUCCGGAUUGCAGAGGGCCAAAAGAAAAUCUAGCUAACAGCCCAGACAAAAACUGGAGUUUAUAUACAAUACAAACUCUUUAUUUAACAAAUGCAGAUCAUCCUGUGGGCCAAGCAGUACAGAUCCAGAACCCUGUAAAUAGAGUAGUAGAAUAUGAGAAUGCCGGCAGAGCCCUCAGCAACUAGCAAAAUUCUCUUCACUCUUGCUAGUAUCUAUACAGAUCCUUUCCACCUCCUAAGACCCUUCUACCUAAGCCGUGGAUCUAACAGGGACAUAAUUCAACCCAUAACACAGGCAGGGGUGAAGGCUGCCUCUGUACCUACCAGCAGCAAGUUCAGCGCAGCCUCCGAGCCUCUCGCUCCGAUUCCAAUAAAGUUAGCACGUCGCCCUCACGGACGGGGCCUUUCACGUUGCGGAUGAUGGAGCGACUUGUGUCGUCCAUAAAUUCCACGCGCACCUACAGGCCCACCGGAGGACAGGAGUAAGAGUGGACGAGUGAGAGUUACCACGGAGUGGAAAGCUGACAUGGGUUCAAAGGACGUAUCGGGAACGGACCUGAAAAUACUGUGGGGACCAUCGGAACCCGAGGGAAUGAGGUGGCCAGGGCUCGGAGCCCCGGGAUAAAGGGAAUGUCGACUCUCAGAUCCCCUUAGGUAGGGUCUGAGGCAGGGAAAGGGUUUUCAUCAGGGCUCAGAUCCUCGCAAGUCGUCCGGGCGCCCGCCCCCACCCGCUCACCUGCGUGCACUGUCCCUGCGAGCCAGUCCUACCCAGCACCUUGGUGACCUGGUGGAAAGAAGCUACAAUCAGACCUGGACUUCCCGGUUCUUCUACCCACUCCCUCAAUUCCCCUGAGCCCCAAGGCGGGCGCCCGCCUCACCCUGGCCAGCUUGAUGGGCUGCACACGGCUCGUGUCCAUGAUGGCGGCGCCGCGGCUGUCGGUGGAGAGGAAUCACGUGUCUCCGGGAUAGCUUUUAUACAACGCUCUAGCCACGCCCACUCCUGCUCUCGCGACAUGACGCCGCGCACUUCCCAGCAUCCCUCGCGGUAGAGACGUCACGGACGCCCUUCAGCGCGGACGGAAGAUGGCGUCCGCUACCCGCUUUAUUCAGAAGCUGCGAAACUGGGCAUCUGGGCAAGACCUGCAGGCGAAGCUGCAGCUGCGCUACCAGGAGAUCGCCAAGCGGUGAGCCGGCCCCGCUCGCUGCCCAGCCUCCAGUCCGGUCUUUCCUCCACCAAAAACAAAAUCCGUGUGCUGUUAGAUCCCUGGAGCGCUGGGCAGGGAUCCUGCCUCCACCGCCUGCGAGGCUAUGGAGCAGAAAUAAAACUGUGCCUUUGAGUUUGCUGAA